AUGUCCUACAAUCAAUCAAGGUCCGACAGAAGCGAGACUCAAUAUCGGAGAACUGGUCGAUCCGCCGGCUACCAGCAGCAACAACAACCACGAUCCUCCACCGCCGGUUACGGUAGGGGUGCCGGCGCAGGAACUGCGCCACCCCCUUCCACUUCCGUUGAUUCUUCCUUAUCCUCUAAUCGCAGUUUUAAGAAGCCUGGCAAUGCCCAAGGAGGAGGGCAGCCUCGGGUGAAUCUGCCGCCGGUGAAUCAUUCAGUUUCUAACAAUCACAAUGGUCCCAGUCCCAAUGUACAGUCUCGCUCUCAAGUUACAGGAGCGUCUGGUGUACCGGUUAUCGGCGGAACCGCCAAUCCAUCCACCGGAGCUGUUCCAAAGGCUCAGUCUCCCGCCAUGAAUUCUAAGAUCAACGAGACGCCGAACACAGCUAAAGCUCCUGGAGAUCCUUCUAAAGCAGCAUUUGCUUUCCAAUUUGGGUCAAUUGCUCCUGACUUAAUGAAGAUUCCUGCUCGAACUAGCUCAGCACCUCCCAAUAUGGAUGAGCAGAAACGUGCCCAGAUGCAACAAUCUUCUUUAAGAACAGCAGCGCAGAAUUUGCCAGCUUCUGUACCGAAAAAGGAUCUACCAAAUAAGGUUGCAGAUACUCAGCCGAUGAGGAAAGAGGUGCACAAUCCACCGAGUGAAAAAGCUGAUGUCCAAGUUCAACAUAUAUCCCCUCCAAGCCAAACGCAGAAGGCUCCAAUUACAAACAUCCGUAUGCCUUCGGUGCAGACACCUUACCAGCAUGCUCAGGUUCCUCACCCUGUGCAUUUUGGUGGCCCGAAUAUGCACAUGCAGCCUCCCAACGUGACUGCAACCUCGUUUCAGAUGCCAAUGCCUAUGCCAUUAAAUAUGCAAAAUACGCCUCAGAUUCAGCAACAGUUGUUUUUUCAAGGUCUCCCAUCACAUCCGGCGCAUCAUCCGGGUUUGAUGCAUCAGGCACAGGGACAUGGUUUUGCUACUCCGAUGGGUGCUCAGAUUCAUCCUCAGCUAAGUCACGUGGGUGUGGGUAUGAGUCCGCAGUAUCAACAACAGCAAGGAGGAAAAUAUGGUGGGGCACGUAAGACAACACCUGUCAAGAUUACUCAUCCUGAUACACAUGAGGAGCUGAGGCUUGAUCGACGUGGUGACAAACAUCCAGAUGGCGAGCCAGUGGCUUCAAAACCACAUCCUAGCACACCUCCCAGAUCACAGCCAGUUUCAUCAUUCGGGCCACGACCGGUUAAUUUGGUGCAAACCUCAUUUAACUCCAAUCCUAUAAUAUAUCCUCCGGUUUCUGUACCCUUAAACAAUGGUCCAAUGUCAGCUAAUCAGGCACCCAGAUAUCAGUUCCCAGUUAUUGAUGGGUCCCAGAGAGUACAAUUUACCAACCAAUCUGGCCACGCCGCUCCACAGCUUAUCAGACCCGCAGCUCCUGCACAUGCUUCACUUGAUUCUUCUUCCUCUGUGAAAGCACGUGAUGCCCAAAAUGUGAUGUCUUCUGUUCCACCUGCAACUGCCAAGAUAACAACAAAGCCAGCUGCUGCUUCUGAAAAGCUUGGAUCACCUAAAGCCAGGUCACAUGAAGAAGUUAACGUUGCUCUGUCACAAAAGGACGUGGAGGCAGGUUCAUUGAGCUCUUCACAGCAGCCUAAACCUAGCUUUGUCUCUGCGGUCUCAAAUUCGUCUGCUCAGCCAGCGAAGUCAUCUGUGGAGACAGCUUCAGCUGCAACAACUGAUAUCAGAGAGGAUCAUGGACAGACUAAGCCAGAGCCUCUGGUUUCCGAUCCUCGUCCUCCUUCGAGCGGUUUAACUCCAGUGACAGAAACCGUUGCUGCUAAGGGAAAUUCAUCACUUCCAGCUACCAAUGGGUUUAGGAAGCAAGAAAUGGAGGCGUCUCCUACGUCUGAUGCAAAAACUACGGAAGGGCAAAGCCAUGUCUCAUCAGAGAUCUCUGGUUCUUCACCGCAAGAGAAAGACCUAAAAUCUGAUGAGCGGACUGUUUCUGCCGAGCAAGUUGAAAGGCCUGUAAUUUCUGAUGAGAAACACGAAACAGUAUCAGGUGAGCCUGAGAAGACGCAGAAUGAGGUUGAUGGUGCUACAGACAUCGGUCCAGACUCUGUAAAAUCAGCUGAAGUUACAGAUGAUACGAGCACCGGACUUCCACAUUCUACUGAAAAUUCUGGCGAUAGUUUGACAGCUGCCCCAGCUACUCUUUCCAAGGAUAAAUCUGCAUUUGAGACGAACACAAGAAGAAAUACUUCUUCCAAAGGAAAGAAGAAGAUCAAAGAAAUUCUUCAAAAAGCAGAUGCUGCGGGAACAACAUCUGAUCUGUAUAUGGCUUACAAAGGGCCUGAAGAAAAGAAAGAGAUAGCAAUGCCCUCAGACGGCUCAAAUAUUGUUCAUGAUGUUUCAAACCAGAAGUUGGAACCUGGCCUACCUCAGGCUGUCGCUGAAGCCACCGUUGAUGCUGAACCAGUGAAAAAUGAACCGGAAGACUGGGAAGACGCAGCCGAUGUUUCUACACCAAAGCUGGAAACUGAAAAGAGAGGUUCCUCGGAUGAGGUCACAGACAGCUGCAGCAAUACGGAAAAGAAAUACUCCCGCGAUUUCCUCCUUAAGUUUGCAGACCUGUUUACUGCUCUCCCUGAGGGCUUUGACGUUUCGCCUGAUAUUGCUAAUGUCUUGAUGGGUGCGUCUCCUCAUGAACAUGAUUCAUAUAAUACCCCUGGAAAGGUUAUGGAUCGCCAAGCAAGUGGUGCUCGAUCAGAUCGUCGUCCCAGCAAUAUGGUUGUUGAUGAUAGAUGGACGAAGAAUCAGGGUUCUCUUCCUGCAGGACAUGCAGGUAACGUAGGUUUCCGACAAGGUCAAGGAGGAAAUUCAGGAGUUUUAAGAAACCCUCGUAUGCAGGGACCGAUUAUGUCUAGACCGAUGCAACCUGCGGGUCCUGUGGCAGGAAUGUGGCAGCGUGGUUCAAAUUUCCAACAAAAAGGUCUUUUUCCUUCUCCGCAUGCUCCUAUGGCGGUGAUGCACAAAGCCGAGAGAAAAUACCAAGUGGGUACAGUUGCAGAUGAAGAACAAGCAAAGCAAAGGCAGUUAAAGGGCAUCUUGAACAAGUUGACCCCGCAAAACUUUGAGAAACUGUUUGAGCAAGUGAAAAGUGUCAACAUUGACAACGCUGUUACACUUACUGGUGUCAUCUCACAGAUAUUUGACAAAGCCUUGAUGGAACCUACCUUCUGUGAGAUGUAUGCCGAUUUCUGUAUGCAUCUGUCUGGGGCGUUACCUGAAUUAAAUGAGAAUGGUGAAAAGGUUACCUUCAAAAGGUUGCUUCUCAAUAAAUGUCAGGAAGAAUUUGAGAGAGGGGAGAAAGAAGAGGAGGAAGCCAGUCGAGUUGCUGAAGAAGGACAAGUAGAACAAACCGAGGAAGAAAGAGAAGAAAAGAGACUCAAGGUUCGAAGGAGAAUGCUUGGUAAUAUUAGACUUAUUGGUGAGUUAUACAAGAAAAGGAUGUUGACUGAGAAAAUCAUGCACGCGUGCAUCCAGAAGUUGCUCGGGUUUGAUCAGGAUCCACAUGAAGAGAACAUCGAAGCUCUGUGUAAACUAAUGAGUACGAUAGGAGUUAUGAUCGAUCAUCAGAAAGCUAAGGCCCCUAUGGAUUCCUAUUUUGAGAAAAUGAGACAGCUAUCAUUGAAACAAGAGUUGUCUUCUAGGGUGAGGUUCAUGUUGAUUAACGCCAUCGAUCUGAGAAAGAACAAAUGGCAAGAAAGAAUGAAGGUUGAAGGGCCAAAGAAAAUUGAGGAAGUACACAGAGAUGCUGCACAAGAACGCCAAACUCAAGCUAACAGGCUGUCACGCGGACCCUCGAUGAAUUCGUCAGCAAGAAGAGGGCAUAUGGAGUUUAGUCCUAGGGGAGGAGGAGGAAUGCUAUCACCUCCAAGUGCCCAAAUGGGUGGUUAUCAUGGACCACCUCAAGGUCGUGGCUAUGGUAAUCAGGACAUUAGGUUUGAUGAAAGGCCAACCUAUGAGCCUAGGAUGGUUCCAAUGCCUCAGAGGUCAGUAGGUGAGGAGCCUAUAACCUUGGGUCCCCAAGGUGGUCUUGGUCAGGGAAUGUCUAGAAGGCCUGCAGUAUUAAAUACUAUGCAGUCUGAUGCUACUCAUGCCGGUGGUGGAGAUUCCAGGCGACCGUCUGGUAGUUUAAAUGGUUUUGGCGCACAGAGACCUGCAAGUCCUGCUACUCACGGACGGUCAAGUCCUCAAGAGCGUGGAGCAACUUAUGUUCACAGGGAAUUUUCUCGUGCUUCUGAUCCGUCACCAGAAGUUUCAUCUGCUAGGCAAGUACCUCAAGGGCCAACGUCAUCAGUGAACAGCCCUCGAGAAAAUGUUUUGUCCGAGGAACGGUUAGAGGAUAUGUCCUUGUCUGCCAUUAAGGAAUAUUACAGUGCCCGAGAUGAGAAGGAGAUAGGUUUGUGCAUGAAAGACAUAAAUUCGCCAGCUUUUCACCCAACAAUGAUUUCUCUGUGGGUUACUGAUUCUUUCGAGAGAAAAGACAAAGAGAGAGAUCUCUUAGCAACGCUCCUUGUUAACCUCGUGAAAUCUGCUGACAACGCCUUAACCGAAGUCCAACUAGUGAAAGGGUUUGAAUCAGUUUUGACAACCCUGGAGGAUGCGGUAAAUGAUGCACCAAAAGCAGCAGAGUUUCUUGGGAGAAUCUUUGGUAAAAGUGUGACAGAGAAAGUAGUGACAUUGACAGAGAUUGGUCGGCUAAUCCGUGAAGGAGGAGAAGAAGCAGGAAGUCUAAUAAAGUUUGGACUGGGAGGUGAUGUUCUUGGGAGUGUUUUGGAGAUGAUCAAGACCGAAGCAGGAGAAGAAGCUUUGGUGGAGAUUCGCCGGAGCUCAGGUCUGAAGAUUGAAGAUUUCAAACCUCCUGCACCUAACCGGUCUAAGAUAUUAGAGAAAUUUACUUAG